AUGGAUAUCAAGAAGGCCUUUGAUCAUGUUAUUUUGGCCAAACUGAUAGAGGUCCUCAGAGAGGCUGGCGUAGAUGGAGAUCUUAUACGUUGGGUGGUCUCAUUUCUAUCUGAUUGGCGAGUCACCCUCGUGAUUGACGGACACGUUGGAAAGGAAGCAUCAAUAAGCUCUGGGUUACCUCAGGGCUCUCCGGUAUCACCAAUCCUGUUUGUUUUAUACGUUCAUGGGCUGUCCAGAGCCAUCGAGAGUAGGGUUCCAGAGGUUCGAGGCCUAUCCUUUGUGGACGACCAAGGCCUGAUAACAGCCGCAAGCUCUGUGAAGGAGACUUGUAGGACCCUAGAGAAAGCAGCUGAAGUGGCUAUCGAGUGGGGGGUAACCAAUGGGGUGCAAUUUGACUCUAAGAAGACCGAGGCUACCUUCUUUUAUAGACGACACAGACGUCAAGUGGCCGAAAACGUGUCCCAAGCUCGUAUCAGAGUUGGAGGUGAGUUGGCGACUGUCAAACCAACGAGCCAACGGACUACCCCCAGCGUUAGUAAGGCGCAUACAAAAGGCUACGGUGCAAGCCCAACUCCUUUAGAGUGCCGAGCUUUGGUAGCAAGGCCAGAAAAUAUGGGCACAGAGGUUCCAAGUUCUAAUCAAUAA